AUGGCGGCAGGGGACGGUCCGAGUCCACUGGCGCUUCGAGCACAGCUACGCACCUGGGUGGCAGAGCUUCAACCCAUGCUGCCCAUGGGAAAGCGCGGGGUGGCGUUUGUCAACGCGGUGGAACUGGCGCGGGACCGUCGCGUCCAACACACGCUAGGUCGUCCGCUCUACUGGGCCAUGAUGGCAGCAGAGGUCGAGGCGGAAGGAGCAGCGGUGACCCAGGACGAGGAGGACGAGGAGGCACUUCACCGCGUGUCGCUCCAGGACACAGAGGCCGUGACCCAGCUGGCGCCCUUGGCUGCGGUCGUGCUGUGCUACUCAUGCGAUACCCACAACCCUGACUCCAUGGGCGGAGCGGUGCAAAGUUCUCAGUUGGAGGGACUCUUAAAACGCAUACAGCGGCAUGGAUGUUUGAUGGUGGUGAGCUAUUCCCCACCCCAGCGAGAUGCGGGCGCUGAUGUUGCCCAACUCGGUGGAUUGACGUCCGUAAGCGAGGAGGCCGUCAUGCUGGGAUCAACCGAAGUGUCCGUAACCAUGUACAUGCGCUGA